UCGAUCUUUCUUAUAAAUAGUGGUCUGCGCAAUAACCUCUGUUAAAUGGACUGAUUAUUCGUCCUCUUUUUUCAAAAACAAAAAUACUACUAGUAGUAUUCUAAUAUUUGAUUAUUCUUGUUGUAUUCAUAUAUAUACAUAUACAUGAUUGAGAGAUUGAGGAAUUUGGGAAUAAUUUGAAGGUGGCGAAUUCAAGCAAAAGUGGGGGCGAAAAUAGGGAGGAUUUAUUUGACGAUGGAAUGAUUAACAAUGCGUUGGAUUCGCUGUUGAUAUCUUCUGGGUUUAGCAGAGAGACAGAGAUGUCAGCCAUGGUUGCUGCCCUCUCUCACGUCGUAGCCGGUGGUGGCACCGAGGUGCCACCAGACGCCGGCGGUGCAUGCAAGAGGGCACGUGACGAUGCCGAGCCCUCCGAAUCUCUCGCUAGAUUUUGCAGAGGAUAUACUGAUUUUCCUCUCAGAACUUCUAAUUCAGUAAUAUUUUUACAGGAGAAGCAAGCAUGAACGCAUCAUCAGGCACAGCAGCAAGCGCAAUCUACAGCUACACUCCGACAAAUAGAAAUUCACAAGAAAAUGCAUCCUCGUCGACGAGAAGAUACAGAGGCGUGCGGCAGCGGCCGUGGGGGAAAUGGGCCGCGGAGAUUCGCGACCCAUUCAAGGCGGCCCGGGUCUGGCUCGGCACCUUCGACUCGGCCGAGGACGCAGCCCAGGCCUAUGAUGAGGCCGCGCUCCACUUCCGUGGAAGCAAGGCCAAGCUCAACUUCCCCGAAAACGUCAGCCUCGUCCACGCCGAGCCACCGGCGAGGAUCGCCGCCGUCUCCACUGCGGCCGACCCCAUUGUUCACACCGAGAAUCAUCAGAGUGUGAGUCUUGGUGCUGGAUUCUUGACGCCGCCGGCAUUUUCUGCUGGGUUUCAGUCUUUUUCCGUGGCGGAUGGAAGCCAGAGCAGCGGUGGUGGUGUACCUGAAUUUUCUUGGGAUUCCGGCAACCGCUCUUCGUCUGGUUGAGAUAUUUUUGGGUUUUUAUUCCUUUUUGGUUUUGUUCUAUAGCUAGUGAGAUUGGAUUUACGACAAGAAUGAUUUCUUCAUAAUAAUUCUGUAUUUCCAAAUGUAUUACGUCAACCACAGAAACAGUAUACUCCUUUUCUUGUAACGAAGGUGAUCUAUUUUUCUUAGUUUGUAUCAACGAGGAUGACAAAUUUUAAAAAUGAAAACUGCUAUCUCUAUUUUAUUUA